UCUUUAAAGAAGAUCCCAAGGUGCUGUACUUACUUGUCCUAAGUGUUUCAUUGGAACAUCACAUGGGACGACCAGGUCAAAGGGUUGUGAGGCCAGCGUGUUGAGCAGCGCACAACCACCCACCCCCACACCCUUACACAUAUUCCCAGAGCAUGCCUAUGAGUCCACCUGCCGACGGCAAACAUGAGGCUCCAGACAGGCCGCGGCAACAGCACGCCCCUACCAACGGUAACCAUGGAGAAGACAGCAUUCGGACUUCUUCGGGAAGUGAGGCCGUCUCCAACGAAACCAUGGAAGAUCUCCAUGGAAGCGCUGUCAUCAUUCGCAUUGGAAUCCCUGACCUUCAACAAACGAAGUGUCUGCGUUUGGACCUUGAAGCUCCAGUAUGGGUGUGUAAGCAGCAGGUGCUGGUCACUCUGACCCAAAGCCUCACAGACGUGCUGAACUAUGGCCUCUUCCUGCCAGCCUUCAAUGGUCGAGCCGGCAAGUUCCUAGACGAAGAGAGACUACUCAGAGAGUAUCCCUUUCCUACUGUUACACCUGUACCUUACCUAGAGUUUCGCUAUAAAAGACGUGUUUACACUCAGAGCCAUGUGGAUGACAAGCAAUUAGCCAAACUUCAUACAAAGGCCAAUCUGAAAAAGUUCAUGGAGUAUGUUCAGCAGAGGUGUGUGGAGAAGGUUUGCAGGUUUCUGGAGAAAGGGCUAGAUCCUAACUUCCAUGAUGCAGACACAGGAGAGUCGCCUCUCACCCUGGCAGCCCAGUUGGAGUCAAGUGCUGAGCUGAUUAAGGUUUUGAGGAGUGGAGGAGCUCACCUGGAUUUUAGAACCAGAGAUGGCAUCACUGCACUUCAUAAAGCAGUGCAGGCGCACAACCAUAUAGCUUUAACGACAAUGUUAGAUCUAGGUGCAUCUCCAGACUAUAAAGAUAGUCGUGGGCUGACUCCUCUGUACCACAGCGCCAUGGUGGGUGGGGACCCAUACUGCUGUGAGCUGUUACUUUAUGAUCAUGCUCAGCUCGGGUACAGUGAUGAAAAUGGCUGGCAGGAAAUCCACCAGGCGUGUCGACAUGGGAAUGUGCAGCACCUCGAGCACUUGUUGUUCUAUGGAGCUGAGAUGAGUGCACAGAAUGCCUCAGGAAAUACAGCGCUGCAUCUCUGUGCUCUAUACAACCAGGAUGGCUGUGCCAGAGUGCUGCUAUUUCGUGGAACAAAUAAGGAUAUUAAGAACUACAACAACCAGACAGCAUUUCAGGUGGCCAUCAUUGCAGGGAAUUUUGACUUGGCAGAGAUCAUCAAGCUUCAUAAAACCUCAGACGUAGACUGUCUCUCUGUCGCAGUGCCUUUCAGGGAGAGCCCUUCAUACUCGUCCCGCCGCCAUGGGGUGUGCGCAUCGCCUCGGCGCUCCCUGAUGCGUUCGGCCAGUGAUAACGCACUUGACGAAAGUCUACCUGCACCCUCACCAGCCCCCUCACUGCACAGCCUGCCCCCUCUGGAACCUGACAACAUAGUACCAAGCCCACACAGCCCACAAGGGGUACACACACGCAGCCUCAGGAGACACACCCGCGGCCACCUCAGCCCCGGCAGCCCUGUGCAAAGGGAUCCCAGCCCCCCUGCUGUAUCACGUGGAUCCAAGCGGAGGCUCUACAGUGCGGUGCCUGGCCGUACCUUCAUUGCUGUCAGCUCACACACUCCGCAGGGUGAGGGUGAGAUCACACUCAACCGCGGGGAGAGGGUCAAAGUGCUGAGUAUAGGUGAGGGAGGAUUCUGGGAAGGAUCAGUCAAAGGACGAUCUGGUUGGUUUCCUGCUCACUGCGUGGAGGAAGUUCAGCUGAGACAGUACGACCCACGGCUAGAGACAAGAGAAGAUCGCACCAAAAGGCUUUUUAGGCAUUACACAGUUGGUUCCUAUGAUAACUUUACCUCGUACAGUGAUUAUGUAAUAGAGGAGAAAACGGCCACACUGCAAAAAAGAGAUAGUGAGGGAUUUGGCUUUGUUCUUCGAGGGGCUAAAGCUGAAACACCUAUUGAAGAAUUCACACCGACACCUGCAUUUCCCGCUCUGCAAUAUCUGGAGUCAGUGGACCUGGAUGGGGUGGCAUGGAGGGCAGGACUGCGUACUGGCGACUUUCUUAUAGAGGUAAAUGGGGUCAGUGUGGUGAAAGUGGGCCAUAGGCAGGUGGUUUCCCUGAUUCGUCAGGGAGGAAGUCGUCUUCUUAUGAAAGUGGUGUCAGUUACACGAAAACCAGACACUGGAGAUGUUGUUCGCAAAAAAGCUCCUCCACCUCCCAAGAGAGACCCCAGUACCAGUCUCACACUGCGCUCUAAAAGCAUGACGGCAGAGCUGGAAGAGAUGGCAUCAAGGAGAAGGAGGGGAGAAAAACUGGAUGAGAUGCUGAGUUCACCUAAAGAGCCUGUAGUGGUGAUGAGACAACGGCCUACAGACGUAGACUCCAGAGCAGCCACAGUGAAACAGAGACCAACCAGUCGACGUAUCACACAAGCUGAGAUCAGUUCUUUGUUGGAGAGGCAAGGUUUGCCAGUGUCAGCUGGAGUAUCUCUUGGUGUGGAAAAAAGUCACAUGCACCUGCACGGGAUGACCAGAACCAAAUCAUUUGGUACCCCAGAAGAUGAAAGAAUCUCUGCUUUAAUUGGGGAGCACCGGUUUCCAAGAAGCUCCUCGAUGACUGACAGCUUCCGACAAGACAGCAUUCCUCCUCCUCCACAAACUGCACCUCCUCCCCCUCCAACACCAUACUUUCUGGACUCUGGUCCUCCUCCAUCUUUUCUUCCUCCUCCACCGCCAACACGUGCUGCCAAUCAGACCCGUUCAAGCUUCCGUCCAGGGGCAGAGCCCAAGCUUCACGGUCCUGUCACAACAGACCGGCAGAGGAAAGCUCGCUCUAUGAUUAUUCUUCAGGACACUGCUCACCUGCCAGUAGAGCCUGCCCCCAUUCCCAGACCAGCAACACCUACCUCUGGGGCAGCUCCUCCUGAGCGAGGUCGUAGAAGAGGCCACCCUGUAGAAAACCCAUACGCCAAUGUGGGCCGUUUCAGUGCAGUCUAUACCCCUGCCAAACCCCAACGCAGGAAGAGUCCACUGGUCAAGCAAGGCCAGGUAGAGGAGGGUACUUCUACACAAGCUGGAUCUAGUAGGGAUCCUUCACCUUUAGGAGGGGCUCGCAUACCACACAGCAGCAGAGCAGAGCAAUUUCAGCAGCAGGUGCUCUCCGAAAGAGCCAGGAUUACACCGCCUGGGGCCCGUCGCAGAACUAGUGUGUUUCUCUCAGUAGAGGGAAGCACUACAGAGCCUCAAACUACCCCCUUACUGUCUCAGUCACACUCAGUAGAUGAGCUGGCUGAGCUGCCUCCACCAGCACCUAUGCUUUCCCCAGGUUUGCCACCAGGGGGCACUACUUUUAUACAUCCAUUAACAGGGCGACCUCUUGACCCCUCAUCCCCUUUAGCACUUGCACUGGCUGCACGAGAACGUGCCCUUAGUGGCCGUACUACUCCCACACCCACACCAACUCCGUCACCAUCACCCACUCAGGGCAGAGCAGUAGAAAGACCGGAAACUGAAGGUGGAGUGACACCUCCUGCUGCUAUUAAUGCCCCAGCCUCUGAUUCCUGGAGGGAUGAGCCUGUCAGCAUUACUGCAGAAAUAGCAAGUCAGGUAACAAAUGGAAGCCCUGUGUCAUCACGAAGUUUAGAGGAAACACUGGUGUCACCAACUGUGCAGAUUGUUCAACCCUCCCUGAUGGACACACACCACAACCAACCAGUGGUUCCACCUUCCAUGCCCUCACCUGCCCCAACACUCUCAAACCUUGCAGGACGAAGUAUGACCAUGAGCUCAGAGGAGGAAGCAGAGCCCUACACAGUCACACUACCCCCAGCACUACUUACAUCCAGUGAUGAAGAAACCAGAGAAGAGCUCCGGAAGAUUGGCAUCGUCCCACCCCCUCAACCUUUUGCUAAUGGCCUUCUCAAUAAGGAAAUGGCCAAAGUCACUCUCACCAUUUCUCCUGGUGCAUCACGGCCUUCUAUAGCUAAGACCUCCUCUGGUAAAACAAGUGAUUCUACUGCAGACUCUGGUGUUGAGGACCCCCACAUGGAGACCACUAGUACUGUUUCUACAGUCUCUAGCAUGUCGACUUUGUCAUCAGAAAGCACAGACUCUGCCCAUGGUGGCAAGCCACGUUGUGGGGUGGGCCGCAGCCGCCCCGCCCAUCUCAGGGACCCACUGCUUAAACAGUCUUCAGACAGUGAGCUGCUUCCACACCCACCGAGCACAGGCCCUGUCCGCCCUCGUUACCUGUUCCAAAGACGCUCCAAACUCUGGGGGGAGGAGCCCAGGGCUCAAGUGGGCAUUGCUGAUGAUAGUAGGCCCGCAGCCAUGGGGGCAGAGUUACUGAGUAAAGACACACAUUCUCUAGGGGAGGAGCCACCCAUGGGAGCGCUUGACCCUGGCAGAAGAUCACCAGUGGGCGGCGCAAGAUGUGAGGAGAAUGGAGAAGAAAGUAAAUCACUCUUUAGCAGCCUUGGUGAGCUUCACACCAUCUCCCAGAGGAACUAUGGCACCACUUUUACCAUACGUCCAGGCAGCCGCUAUCCAGUGGCCCGCAGGACACCCAGCCCCGGGGCCACCUCUGAGCGAAGUGAACCGCUUGGGCCCAUGCGGACUUUUGGUCCCCAUCAUCACCACCAUCACCACCACACCAUCCUCAAGUCCUCCAGCCUAAGCCUCCCACAGGAGCCCAAGGAAGUGCGCUUUGUUAUGCGAAGUGCCAGUGCUCGCGCCCGGAGCCGUUCUCCCUCCCCAUCGCCCUGUGCUUCCCCUUGCCCCUCACCGGUCCUGGGUGCUCCACUUUUGGCCCUGCGGCCUUUUAGACAGCGCCCUCUUGCACUUUGGAGCAAGUACGACGUGGGGGAGUGGUUAGAGAGUGUGGGACUAGGGGAGCAUCGUGCCCGCUUUUUGGAGCACGAGAUCGAAGGAGCACAUCUAUCUGCUCUUACCAAGGACGACCUAGCUGAAUUGGGGGUGACACGGGUGGGGCAUCGGAUGAACAUUGAGCGAGCACUUAAACAGCUGUUGGAGAGCUCAGGAGCCUGAUGAAUUUUAGAAAAUAUAAUUAAAGUUCUUACUAAACAAGCAAUUUUUUAGCUUUUCACAUCUGGCAUUUUGAACACUGUAUACAAUUCUGUCACAGCAAAAUCACUACAUUAACCCCUUUAUCAACAAGCUAACAUAAAAGAACCACUUAAAAGGGUAAGAAUGAUAUGUCUAAAGUAGUUUUGUGAUUCAGGGCUGCUGUUGAAAUCAUUUGAUUAUUAAGCCAUGUGCACCAGAGUUUUUAAAUGAAUUAUCCUGAGAGCCAUCUCCAUCAUGCAGAAUAUGUUUAGUAUGUGGUUAUGCUUAACUAAAUAUACCAGGACUGGCAUGAAUGCCAUACAUGUCGUGAGGAAUCUGAGAUAUCAGUAGUUUACAGUUAAGAGCUAAUCAAGUAGAACUUUUAAGUCCAUGCUUCCAGAAGCCUAGGUCUUAAAACCCAUCAUUUUGUUCAGUCUUGCCAGUUAAAAAUGCCAUUCUAGUAAUUUAGGAUGUUAUACAGUAACCAGAUCAGGCAUGUAUGUUUACAUGUUUGGACAUAAAAUCAGUAAAUGACAAUCUGCCUUUAAAGGUGCACUAUGUAGGAAUAUUUUUGUAGUAUUUUCAGAGAUGGCCAUAAUUAAUAAUUAUAAAUUGUGUGUUGAAGUUUAAACUGGUUUGUUUAUUAGUUAGUCUGUGGUUUUUGUAAUAAUGUAAAUUAGUGUUCGUAGAAUUAAUACAAUAUUUAUACAGAAAACACAGAGGCAAAACAUUUGCAAUGAUUUCUGAAAAUUUUUCAAUGAUUUUUAAAGAUGUUAAAGGUUAAUUAGGUUUAGUGUAAAAAAUCCAGCAUAAUGCACCUUUAAUCCUAAUAUAAUUUUUUCAUAAUACAAGUGUGGCCUUGAGAUAGUACUGCCGCCAUCUAAAUUUGAUAAAGAAAAACCAGAGUAUUUUCAGUAAGUACAUCAAUUUUCUAUGUGUAUGAUAUAUAUGGGCUUAUAUAUUCAAAGAGGAAAGUGUAUGAGUUUUAAGUAAACUAUGUAUGUAAUGCCCUGUAAGUGUGUCUAUAUGAUUAUAUUUUAUCUUUGUUACAUUAAAUAUUAAUUCAUGACAUAAACCCAAACCUAUUUAAUUUAUCCCCCUUAGUAUUCCAUGUGAUUUCCUAGACCUAAAACCUGCAGUAUAACAAUAUAUUUCUUACAAAUGGAAAGCUGUUUCAAAAUGUUGAAACACUUUUUAGUUAUGUCAAUUAUGAAUAAAUGUGAGACAAGAUUGUAUAUUGAGUAUUUAUUUAAAUCAGAGCAACAAUUACGUACAUACUGUGGGGAGUAGGUAGCACCUUUGUUACCUUAUGUGUUCUAGAUGGAUUAAUAGGGUGCGUGUUGUUGAUAUAACAUUUAAAACGUUGAUUUGUAAACUUUUGUUAAUAAAGGUUUCAGUUAUGCUACUU